UUCAUCAAAGACAAGAUGGCCGUUCCUGGCGGAUUUGAGUUAUUUGACGGUCCAAAUGGCGGUGUUUUAGCAAUUGCCAUUGGUACAUUAAUAGUUCUUAUUACAACAUUACUUCUGUUCUUCUUGAGAAGAGGAACUCGAAAAGGCAACCAUGUACUGUUAGUGGGUCUYACUGAUGCUGGUAAAACACUAUUAUUUAGUAGGCUGACAAGUGGUAAAUAYGUCAUGACUCAUACUUCUAUGAAAGAAAACAAAGGGUCCUGUAUCUUAGCUAAUGGGAAAGUAAGUCUUGUCAGUCAAAUUAUAUGAUUUGAACACUUUCAUGUUUAUGCAGAGCUUCAAAAUCAAAUGUUUGUAAAUAUUGCGGAUUGCAUAAUGACUGUGC